AUGGUUUCAGCUGCUUUAAUAGAGCAAGAAAAAACUUCUGAGGGACCAACAGAAAGUUUUUGGACGACAAAAAUUACAACGGAAAGUACUUUGGAGAGCAAUAAAACGACGAAUUCGGUUCAAAAUGACGUUCUAGCAACGAAUUUUUCAUCGACAACGGAGAAAAAUUCAGUUUGGACUACGAUUUCGAGUUCAGAUGUGCAGGAAAUGAUGACAACUACUACUCAAAAGAGCAGUUUUACGACGACUGAAGCUUCAACGAGCAUGAAAGAUGUUAAUGAAGUCUCGACAACGACUUUACCAAGUACUUCUGAGACUUUGACGAGCCAAAAUUCAUCAUUAACGACCAUUUUUAGGCCUGAAAUGACAACAACGGGUUCUAAUUUUGCUUCAGAAAGCUCUGAAAGUACAAUUUUAAGCACUGAAGUCCCGAUUUCGACAACUUUUGAGCCCUUAACUACCGAAAAUUCAUCAUUAACGACAAUUUUUAGGCCUGAAGUGACAACAAGUUCCUCUAAUUUAGGUUCUGAAAGCUCUAUAAGCACGAUUUUGAGUACAGAAGCCCCGAUUUCGACAACUUCCGAUGCUUUAACUACCGAAAAAUCUCCUUUGACGACGAUUUUGGAUACAGAAACUUCGACAAUAGCAUCAACUUUGACAAUUUUAUCAGAAAAUAUUUCUUCAACGAUGACUCCUGAGCCGUCAACUGCCAAUAAAUUACCUUCGACGUCGAUUUUGGCCUCAACAACCUCAAAAAUGCCUUUAAAUUCAACAACUGAAGCUCCAAUGAGCUCUUCUUCAAGUGUUCCAACUACAAAAAUCUCAUCUUCAACAACUUUUGAGCCACUUACGAGCCAAAAAUCAUCAUCGACGACACCUUCGAGGUCAGAAACUUCAACAGAAGCAACGACUUUUACUUCAGAAAGUAUUUCUACGACAAUUUUAUCAACAAAAAUCUCAUCAACAACGACUUUGAAACCUUCAACAUCCGUUUUGAGCUUCGAAACUUCCUCAAAAACUCCAAUUUCGACGAUAAAUGACGAAUUUCCGACCACAGAAGAGCUUUCAACGACAUUUUCAUCAAAAUUUGACUCUACAACUUCCGAUCCAACGACUUUAACGGACGUUUCUGAGAUUGAAAUUGCCACAAAAGAUCCUUUAACGACAACCGACCGCAGUGAAAAGCUAAUUUCAACGACAGAAAAUCCCGAAUCAACCACUUUUGGGCUCUCAACAGUCGAUUUUUCAACCACAACUGAAAAUUUUUUCGACACAAGCACGAAUUUCGAUGAAAUUUCAACAAUUGUAAGUAACUCCACGCACUCUUCGCUGUACCACUCUCAUCUUUCUAAAUUUUUAUGGACAACAGAAGCCACAGCAACUGACGUAAAACAGAAAUUUUCCACAAAGAACGUCGUCGUCGUAAACAAAAAAGUGCUGCACAAAGAAGACAACAACGCAGCAGCAAAAGAAGUAAAAGGUGCAUUGAACCGCAUCGCAAAUAGUCAACGUAGCGAUACGGCAUACGAAACAGCAACGAAUCUGCUUUUUGCAAUAACGUCUGCUCUCAAUCGCUUAUCUGCUUAG